AUGGGCUCUCUCCAAGAAGAACAAGCACAAAUCCCCGUCAUCGACAUCAGCCCCGCCAACAAAAACGCCCCAGCAGAACUCCUCGAUGCCGCCUGUCGCUUCGGUUUCGUCUUCGUGGCGAACAACGAAGCUGGCAUCUCGCCAGAAUUGAUAUCGAAAGUCUUCGACAUCUCCACAGAGUUUUUCGCUCUGCCGAAUGAAGUGAAGCAGGAGGUGUCUAUUGCCUCGAACAAGGCGGGCAAGAAUCAUGGAUGGUUAAGUCAAGGGGUGGAGAAAUUGGAUCCGAAGGUGCAGGUGAGGGCGGAUGUCAAAGAAGCCUUCAACAUGGGCCUCCCCGACUCCAAAGGAACAUUCGAACAACCUCUCCCCUCGCCCAUAACCCAAAACCUCUCCAUAAUAACCUCCUUCCAAUCCGCCUGCUCCUCCCUCUGCGACGCCAUCCUCACGCACUUCGCCACCGCCCUCCAAAUCCCCACAGACUGGUUCACCUCCCGACACGACCGCACCAAGGGCCCCUCAGGAACAGUCUUCCGCUUGCUGUACUACCCCCAAACCCCCACCAAAACCGACGUCGACAUCCGCGCGGGCGCACACAGCGACUACGGCUCUAUCACUUGUCUCUUCCAAUUACCAGGCCAACCGGGGUUGGAGAUCAAAACCCCUAGUGGGGACUGGGCGCCUGUCCCCGUGGAUCCUCUCGACCAAGCGAAGGAGGGCAAGGCGUUGCCGAUAUUGGUGAAUAUAGGCGAUUUAUUGGAGGAUUGGACGGGGGGACUGCUCAAGUCGACGAAACAUCGGGUGGUGUUUCCCAAGAGUGAAGAGGGCGCGGGGGAUCGGUAUAGUAUCGCGUAUUUCUGUCAUCCCUUGGAUGAUGCUCUUCUCGAGCCGGUGCCGAGUGAGGUUGUGCGAGAGCAUGUGAGGACGCAUGGUGGGAAGGAGAGGAAGGUCAUCACGGCGAGGGAUCAUCUCAUGGAGAGGUUGGCGGCGACGUAUAGCGUGAAGUAA